UUCUGAGCUAUCAGUAUCAGCUUAAUUUUACGUAAGCACCGUCAAAUAAAUGUCACAACAUUCCUUAUCUCCGAAAUCGAAUGCUUGGGAUCACAACUCCGAGAUGUCGUGACGCACUUGACAACUUUGCAUAAAAGGGAGGAACUUUGAGCGAAGCUUGCGACACAAGUCUAAACAAUACGUAGAGAGCGAAAGGUACUAUAAGUUGCGUAGACGAGAGAGUCAACAGUCAUUCCGCAAAAGCUAUGGUUUAUCUAAAAGAAUUCGUUUCGGUGUGUCUCUUAAUAGCCUUCCUAUUGACGUUUACAAGUGCGAGGAAGGACAAAGAGCUUGCAGCUCUUAACAAAAAAGUUGAUAAAGUCCGACGCUUUUUGUUACUACACGCGUGGAUGCAGUCAGAAAGAGAAACGUCCCGAAGGUCCAAACGAGCAACGAAGUCAAGAAGGAGGGCAAAGUUUCGUCUGCCAUAUUUUCCACUUUAUCCAAUAGACGUGCCAGUGUGCAAGGAUGCGGAGCGCGAAUCAAAGAGCGGCAUGUGCAAAUCAUGGGCAAAGUCUGGUUACUGCGAAAAAGUCAAGUACGUGAUGUCGAGGUACUGCCCCAAGGAAUGCAAAUAUUGCAAGCAGUUCAGCCCUCCUGGAUGCCAAUCGGGGAAGUACGGGUGUUGCUGGAACAAUCUCGAAGCCAGGGGGCCAAAUGGACGCGGAUGUCCAGUUUGUAGGGAUUCUUAUGGCCGGCUAUGCAGACUGUUUGAGUACUACUGCCCCAAACCUGGAAAAUAUGGACAGUUUGUUCGAUAUCACUGCUUCAAAACAUGUGGAUGGUGUGACAAGUUUGCUCAGCUCAGAAAUAAACAGGCAUCAGAUGCUCUAUAGUUACUCCAUCUAUUUAUGGGGAGUUUCUUGAUGUCAAAUCCUUCAGAAAAGCUCAGAAGAACAAGACAUAUCUCCUGAACAAGGAUUACCAGUCACUGUUUGGUGAGGACAUCUUAGCCAUGCAUAACUGACAAGAUGUCUGUAUGCAAUUUGACACUUUAAUGAUCAUAUGGGGAUAGUUUUCAAGAUAGUUUAUUGUCUAGUUUCUGGGUCUCUUGAAUUUGCUGUGGUCAAUCCAUUUACAAUAGGUGAUGUUGUGUGUGAUGAUACUGAAAUGGACUUGAAGUAAAGGUCUGGAAUAAAGCCAUACUGACAUUUGGUAGCAAUGGUAGUUUACAAAUUAGAUGAAGAAGGGGACUUAAACAUAAUAUUUUUGGUAAUGAUAGAUCAUAAGAUCAUAAUGAUAGAUCGUUUUAUAUAUGAAAUAAAAAAAGGAAGGAAAUAUACAACUCCAUAGAAAAGAAAUUUAUCCACUCAGCCAACAAAAAUGCAGUGUCAGUAUUGUUAUCAAGAAGAGGCUCAAUUUCAUUACCAUAUUUACUCUGUAAGCUUCAUUGCGUCUUUAAAAGAUUUACUCAAAACUCCUUUAUACAAGAAAUGUGACGAGAAAUGAUUUUUUAGUAAUUUUAACAAGUUUUGUACGUCUAAGGUUGAAAUGACCCAGCUUUUACAUUUAUUUUGGAUAUUCUCCCCAAAAACAUUGUUU